UAUAGCGCUUGUUUAAUUCUUUGACUCCUGACUUCCCAAMAUGGUUAAACUCAUUGCCUUUGUUUUGGUCGUCUUUGCUUUGACUAACUAUGGUCAAUCCUGCUGUAUCUAUCAUCCAAACUGCGAUCACCCAAAGCUGUUGGCGAGGAUGGAUCAGCUCGAGAAAAAAAUCGAUAAGUUGAUGGAGAUUGCAAGUAACUGCUCGGCAGAAAACGGAAAUYCUGGUCAUGGCAAUGCUUGCCCAAAGGGAUGGAUUCCUGACAAACACUCAUGCUUUAAGUUAAUCACCACAACUYACACCUGGAACGACGCCCGCAAAGCAUGCAUAGCCAUUGGAGGAGACAUGGUAACCAUCAAAUCCCCACAAAAAAACAGCUAUGUUGCUAAUCUGGCCCAGGCCCAGGCAUACGUAUGGAUUGGACUCCACAGAGAUUCCACCACAAAGUUUAAGUGGAUUGAUGGAUCUUCCCUGUCUGGCCUGUUUUCUAAAUGGAAGCAAAAUGAGCCCAAUAACGUCAAAGAAGAAUGUGGAAUGAUGWACAUCAACCAAGCGAAUGUCUUUGGGCAAUGGAACGACAUGUACUGCACCUCAAAAUUUCCAGUCAUGUGUGAGAGAAGCAUUGCCCAGUAGAGAGUACUGGAUUAUGAAAUAAAAGCGAUAAAUCUAAUAAAAGAUUUAACAAUGCA